UGGAACGGACAGAGCCCUGUCCGCGUGCGAAGAAUUUCGGAGCAAAGUCAGAAUGCAGAGACAACAACGUGAGAGGACAAGGAGCCCAAGGAUAUAUAUUUAGCCAACGGGUAGCUUUUGUGUCCAAACGGAACAACAGUGUUUGCAGAGGGAGAUUGAGGGACUGGGAACGCUACUUUUCUGUGUGAAGAAACCCCAAUGUCGGUUUUCUGUUUACACCAGAGGCUGCAAAAGCCACGUUUUAGUUCGUUGCAAACUUAAUUUGCAUGUGCGGUGCGGCCUUUGCUAACCUUUAGAUAUUUCCGCGGAUUAUUUUUUUACAGUUGCAUUUUCCCCACUAUAUCUUUAAGUAAACUUAGGCAAUGUCUGAGAUGUCAAAUAAGCAAACACUCCAACUGUCUUGUGGACAGCACGGGUGUUUAUCCUUUAUUUUUCAACAACACGAGGGGCGCGUGGCGAGUGCACAUUUGCUGCAAUAACUUUUGCCCCAAACAAAAGAUUUGUGACUGAACUGGGAAUGGGGCGUGAAUGUCAGCGACCAGCCACGCGUUGAUUUGUUGGAUGUUUGAUUUUUCAUUGUUUUUCAUUGUUGAAUGUAUUAGCCGUUGACAAUUAUUAGAGAGCUACAGUAACGUCGCGACCGUUUAACCCAAUCUACAGCUAAAUAGAGAUGGAAGGUCAGGAUGACAAAGGGAAUAAUCUGUCGAAGGCAGAUAAGAAAUUUGCGCUCUGGUACAUGGGGUGGUCGUCUCUUGACAGAAGGACUACGCUUCCUAUGUUACCAUGGCUGGUGGCAGAAAUCCGAAGGAAAAGUGAGAAGAACGAAUCAGGACCCGGACAAGCUAGGGAAGUUAAUUUGACUCUCAUGCCUCCCCUUAUCCGAUGUGUGCCUGCUAGUAGCAACAACGCGUCUGUGUUUAUAUUUGAGCACAAAGCGCAGUAUAUAUCACGGUUCAUUCACAACAGCCAUGACCUCACCUACUUCGCCUACCUUAUCCGAAGUCAGCCGGAGAACCCCGAGUCUGAAAUGGCAUGCCAUGUCUUCAAGGCUGGUGACCCAAACAAGGUUCCUGAGGUGAUCAGCAGCAUCAGGCAGGUGUCCAAAGUGGCCCUGAAGGAGGACACCAAGCCCAAGCAAGAGGGCUGCGACGAGUCCUUCUACAACUCGCAGAAGUUCGAGGUGCUCUACCGGGGCAAGGUGACGGUGGCCCACAAGAAGGCGCCCGCCACGCUGGUGGACGACUGCAUCGACAAGUUCCGCCAGCACGAGGUGGAGCGCAAGCGCAAGCGGCUCCUCAACGGCCAGCGCGGCUCCACCGAGAGCGCGCCCGUGGAGUUCAUCGUCGGGGACGACCCGCUGGGCGCCGCCUCCUCCUCCACGGAGAGCCCCGAGGGCGGCGACUCGGUGGUGGAGGAGGAGGAGGAGGAAGGCGAGUCCGAGGGGAUGACGACGGCGGCGGCGACGGUCAGCGACCCCCUGGGCGGGGGCGCCGUCUUCGGGCUGAGCAGCAGCGCGAGCAUGAGCAGCCUGCGCGGCGCCUUCCCCGAGUGCAUCCUGGAGGACUCGGGCUUCGAGGAGCAGGACGGCCGGCGGGAGCCCGUGCGCGCGCGCUGCAACAGCCUGGCCGGCGGCAGCCUGCAGCAGCGCAAGGCCCGCGAGGCCGCCCUCAAGGCCGCGCCGCAGCGCAGGCGCCACGCCAGCGCGCCCAACCACGUGCAGCCCUCCGACGCCGACAAGAACCGCACCAUGCUCUUCCAGGUUGGCCGAUUUGAGGUGAACCUCAUCAGUCCAGACAGCAAGACGGUGGUGCUGGAGAAGAAUUUCAAAGACAUUUCGUCUUGCUCUCAGGGUAUCAAGCAGACGGAUCACUUUGGCUUCAUCUGCCGUGAGCCAGUGGAGUCUGGGCCCAGCCAGUACGUGUGCUACGUCUUCCAGUGUGCCAGCGACUCUCUGGUGGAUGAGGUGAUGUUGACGAUGAAGCAGGCCUUCAGUACGGCGGCUGCCCUGCAGAGUGCAAAGACCCAGGUCAAACUGUGCGAGGCCUGCCCCAUGCACGACCUGCACAAGCUCUGUGAGAGGAUCGAAGGUCUGUACCCUCCACGGGCGAAGCUAGCCAUCCAGAAGUAUCUCUCUCAGCUCUCGGACAACGAGCAGGUUGACAUUUUUGAGCGUGUCCAGAGGAUGAAGCCGGCUUCAGAUCAUGAGGAGAAUGAGCUGGUGAUUCUCCAUCUGAGACAGCUGUGUGAGACCAAACAAAAAUCCCAUGUGCACAUUGGAGAGGCCCCUCAGAAUGCACCAAGCGGUGGGACCGCCGCGGACAACUCGUCCACCGCAGGGCGCUCCAAACUGGACCUCCUGAAGAACAAGGCCCGCAACUCCCUGACCAGCUCCCUGGAGAACAUCUUCUCCCGGGGAGCCAACCGCAUGCGUGGCCGGCUGGGAAGCAUGGGCAGCAUGAGCAGCUUUGAACGGCAGGACGAGUCUCCCGGAGACUCCCCACCUGGAACACCGCCGGGUUUCCUUGACGACGACCCCGAGGCCGCGCCCUUCCGCCGGCGCGCCCACACCUUUAGCCACCCGCCCGUCAAGAAGCGCAUCUCCUUCACCGACACCCAGAGCAACACCACCAAAGCCCCACUCCGCCGGCAGCAGUCUGUGGCCCCAGAGCUCCUCCAGGGCAGCCCGACGGCCCUCAGGCGAAAGCGCAGCAUGUCGGAGAGCGAGUCCACCUUCAGCCUCCCUUCCACCUUCUCCACCCCCAGCUUCCUGAAAAGUUUUUACCAGGGCUCCCUGGGCUCCCUCGGGUCCCUCUCCGACCUCGGGACCCUCAAGAGUAAUGGAGAGGGCCGGAAGAGGACCUUGUCGGGCUGCAGCACUGACUCCCUGACAACACCCACCAACACCCCACGCAGAGUCUCCUGGCGUCAGAAGAUCUUCCUGAGGGUCGCUACGCCCCUCAGCAAACAGGGCUCCAUGAACUGCCCAGACAUGGAUGUCCGUGAGCUGCUCCCGCUGUCCCCUCGUGCCCUGGAUCAGGACCCCUUGUCCCGCCUGCUGUCCCCAGACCAGGAGCCCUUCUCUGGGGAGGACGGCCGCCGCAGCCCCGCAGAGUAUCGGUCCCUGUGGAGGAAGGCCAUCCACCAGCAGAUCCUGCUGCUGCGCAUGGAGAAGGAGAACCAGCGCCUGGAGGCCAGCCGAGAUGAGCUGCACAUUCGCAAGAUGAAACUGGACUACCAGGAAGUGGGCCAAGACUCCAAGGACAUCCAGGCCUUCUGGGAGAAGAAGCUGAGUGUCCCCAGCAGAGCCAAGGUCCAGUGGGAUAAGGACGAGCUCCAGUCCUUCCUCAGCCAGGGUGUGCCCAAGAGCCGGCGUGGUGAGGUGUGGCUCAUCCUGUCCCAGCAGCACCGCCUGCGGCACCGCCUCCCGUCGCGCCAGGUGCCCCCAGACACGCCCUACCAGGACCUGCUCAAGCAGCUGACCGCCCAGCAGCACGCCAUCCUCGUUGACCUGGGCCGGACGUUCCCCACACAUCCGUACUUCAGCACCCAGUUGGGCGCGGGCCAGCUGUCGCUGUACAACCUGCUGAAGGCCUACUCCCUGCUGGACACGGAGGUGGGCUACUGCCAGGGCAUCAGCUUCGUGGCCGGCGUGCUGCUGCUGCACAUGAGCGAGGAGCAGGCCUUCGACAUGCUCAAGUUCCUCAUGUACGACCUGGGCUUCCGCCGCCAGUACCGCCCCGACAUGGUCUCUCUGCAGAUUCAGAUGUACCAGUUGUCGCGGCUACUGCACGACUACCACCGGCCGCUCUACAACCAUCUGGAGGAGCAGGAGAUCUGCCCCAGCCUGUACGCCGCGCCCUGGUUCCUCACGCUCUUCGCCUCCCAGUUUCCCCUUGGAUUUGUGGCCCGCAUCCUCGACCUGCUGUUUGUGCAGGGCACCGAGGUGAUCUUUAAGGUGGCUCUGUGUCUGCUGAGCAGUCACGAGGGGGAGAUCGUGGAGUGCGACAGCUUUGAGACCGUCGUGGACUAUCUAAAGAGCAGCCUGCCCUCCCUCAGCCAGGCCCAGAUGGAGCAGAUCAUCUCGAAGGCUACUGAGAUGGACAUCUCUAAGCAGCUGCAUGCGUACGAGGUGGAGUACCACGUCCUGCAGGAUGAGAUGGUGGACGCCCCCACACCUUCAGAGGACGCCGACCGGAUGGACAAGCUGGAGAAGUCCAACGCCCAGCUCAAGAAGCAGAACAUGGAGCUGCUAGAGAAACUCCAGGCGGCGCGUGUGAAGAUCCAGAGCCUGGAGGUGAGCAUGGAGAACUUCCUGUCCCGCGAGAGCAAGAUGAAGCACCUGAUUCGCUCGCUGGAGCAGGAGAAGGCCUCCUACCAGAAGACCAUCGAGCGCAUGCGCAGCACGCUGCCCGCCGACGCCUCGGCCGACGUGGAGCUGACCAGCAUCAAGCCCAACGGCAAAGCCAAGGCCGCCGCCGCCGCCGCCACCGCCACUACCGCAAAGAAGCCGUGAGGACCGAGCCCGGAGGAUUCGGCGUGUGUGUGUGUGUGCGUGUGUUUGUAAGCGGCGUGGUGGUGGUGGUGGUGGUGGUGGUGGUGGU